AAUCAUAUGCUAGACCAUCCUGGAUCAGAAGGAACAACUUAAAGGCUCUCUGUUUGGAAAUGAUUGUUAGUUGUUGAAGCAGAUUUCUAGUGGGGAAAAAGAAAUGGAUUCGGCUAGGGGUUGGCUUCACAAGUUUCAGCCAAGGGAGCGGAUUAGGUCUUCUGCCAAGAAUAAGAGAUCUGGAGUGCCUGAGGAUGAUGAGAACAAAGAAGAAACGCCGCUAACAGAAGAAGAAGCCUCGGAGAUAACAAAAAAGAGGGUUGCGGCUGCAAAGCAGUAUAUUGAGAAUCAUUACAAGGAGCAAAUGAAGAAUUUGCAGGAUAGGAAGGAGCGAAGAAAUUUACUAGAGCAAAAGUUGGCUGAUGCUGAUGUUUCAGAGGAAGACCAAAACAAUCUACUGAAGUUUUUAGAGAAGAAGGAAACCGAAUACAUGCGGCUUCAGAGACACAAAAUAGGAGCUGAUGAUUUUGAGUUUCUGACAAUGAUUGGGAAAGGAGCUUUUGGAGAGGUUCGAAUAUGUAGGGAAAAGGAAACAGGUCAUGUAUAUGCGAUGAAAAAGCUUAAGAAAUCAGAAAUGCUUCGUAGAGGCCAGGUUGAGCAUGUUAAAGCUGAAAGGAAUCUGCUUGCAGAGGUGGAUAGCAAUUGUAUUGUGAAACUUUAUUGUUCAUUCCAAGAUAGUGAUUAUCUAUAUCUCAUUAUGGAAUAUUUACCUGGAGGAGAUAUGAUGACACUACUAAUGAGAAAGGAUAUAUUGACUGAAGAAGAGGCCAGGUUUUAUGUUGGUGAAACAGUUUUGGCUAUUGAAUCUAUCCACAAACAUAACUAUAUCCAUAGAGACAUUAAGCCCGACAACUUGCUACUUGAUAAAAAUGGUCAUCUGAGAUUAUCAGAUUUCGGACUUUGUAAACCUUUAGAUUGCAGUACCAUAGAAGAGAAGGAUUUAUCAUCAGGAGAUAGCAAUGACAAAUCAAAAAGUGAAGUAAGGUCUCCACCUCCAACACGAACACAGAAGGAGCAACUACAACAUUGGCAGAAAAAUAGGCGGACUCUUGCGUAUUCAACUGUUGGUACACCAGAUUAUAUUGCUCCCGAAGUUCUUCUAAAGAAAGGUUACUCGUUGGAAUGCGAUUGGUGGUCACUCGGUGCUAUUAUGUUUGAAAUGCUCAUUGGUUAUCCACCUUUCUAUUCUGAUGAUCCAAUGACAACAUGUAGGAAGAUAGUGAACUGGAAAACACACCUGAAGUUUCCUGAAGAAGCACAAUUGACUUUAGAAGCAAAAGACCUUAUCAGCAAACUACUUUGUAAUGUAAAUCAAAGGCUGGGAUCUAAAGGUGCAGAUGAAAUAAAGGCUCAUCCUUGGUUUCAAGGUGUUGAAUGGGAAAAUUUAUACGAAAUGGAAGCUGCUUUCAUUCCUGAGGUUAAAGAUGAAUUGGACACCCAAAACUUUGAAAAGUUUGACGAGGCUGAACAUGAAGCUCAUGCUAGCGGAAGAUCUGGUCCAUGGAGAAAGAUGCUUUCAUCCAAUGAUGUCAACUUUGUUGGUUACACCUAUAAAAAUUUUGAGAUCGUCAAUGACUAUCAAGUCCCUGGAAUGGCUGAAUUGAAGAAGAAAAACAACAAACCAAAAAGACCAAGUAUCAAAACACUCUUUGAUGAAGAGUCUGAAACAUCAGAUACAUCUGAAGAACCCAAGCCUCAAGGAGGAAGCUUUCUAAAUCUUUUGCCUCCGGAAUUAGAAGUUACUGAAAAGCAAAGUAGCAAAGAUUCUGCAUAACACUGCUGACUUAUCCAUAAGGUCUGACGAGUAGGGUAUCAAAUGCCUUCUAUAUUGAAGUGAAACUUAACUUUUCGAGUGCACUCUGCACACUACACCUUGCAUGAUGUGGGCUGCUGCUUUGUCGAGGAGGUUUGGAAGUAGUGUUUAUUUCACAUAUAUUCUCAAGAUUGGUACUGCAUAAUUAUGAAGCUGCUUAUCAACUACAACCUCACCCUUCCUUUUCCUUUGUAAAUUUUCUAAAAAAUUUCCCCAUCAAUUUGUAUAAAUGUUUUCAGAACCCUAAAGCUUAGUUGAAUGCCAUUUUAGAGCUAACCCGACCAACUUAAUUGCGAGCUAUGUAACUUUUUCUUGAAGAUAAAAAUUUGUCCUUUAGGAUC